AUGUCUACUAGUACCUCUUCCAAAGUGUCUGGUGUGAGGAGGAGAGCUUGUGUCAAUUGCACCUCUGUCAAGUCGAAAUGCCUGCCAUUCUCAUCUGACGAAUGCCAGCGAUGUAAUCGGCUUGGUAAGCGGUGCACCUACCUUAACGUUGUGGAGAAGCGAAAGAGUCCCUCCAGCUCCUCCCGUUCACGGCUCCUGGAGCAAAGAUUGAAUAGAGUUUUGACUCUGCUGGGUAACCAAGCCCAGGGCACGCCCAUGAGUGGCUUCGUUGCACAGUUAGCGGCCGAAGACCUCAACAUGAAUGUGCUAGGUGGCAGCCAGUUUGGCCAAUUGCCGCUGUCUCACGGCUUAACACUUCAGGGGACGCUAGAUGUUGUUGAUCGAGGGUUUGUCAGCUUGACUGAAGCAGAAAGAUUGCUUGACAACUAUCGUAACAAAGCGAUCGAGCAUUUCCCUUUCGUUCCCCUUUCUUCCGAAACUACCGUCGCUUCUCUUAGAUCUACCAAGCCCUUCUUAUUCAUGUGCAUCGUGGCAACCAUGAAAGUUGACAAUUGCGGCAUCCAACACCAGAUUGGUGAGGAAAUCCGGAACCAGGCACAUCAGCGAGUUUUGAUGCAGUCAGAAAGCACUCUUGAAAUCCUUCAAGGUCUGUUGAUAUAUCUAGCAUGGUACCAGUACUUUUUCAUCAGCUACGAAAAGCAGCAAAUCGUCCCAAUCGCACAACUAUGUGUCUCACUAGUCCAGAAUCUGGGGCUCGACCAGAACCCUGGUAAUGUGAGACGCAAAGUCGAUCUUGGGCCAGAUGAGACAGCCCCUAGACGCAAGGCCGCAAGGUCUGCAGAGCAGCUUCGGGCUUUGCUUGGAACUUAUUGCACGGCAUCUUGGUACGUAUAG